AUAUACCUUUGUGUGUGUGUCUGUUGUGAACAAUUCCCAUUUGACCCUCCUCAUGCUUUUGGGAGAGUGAGGCCAUCCCAACACCUUCAGGCUGGAAGGAAACUUCAGCCAUCUUUUAAUUUUAAGGCUCUCUAGGCAAAGUCUCCAAUGGUGAUGUAUUUUUUACAUCCACUUUGCCAUUUUCCAUUUUGAGGUGUCUUGGGGAUGCGCCACUCUCCCAAUUUUGGAUCUGUGCUGGUCCCCACCAGAAGCCAAGUCUAAAUAAAGACAAAGCGAUCUAUCAGGCUUCUCUCUUAAAGACAUUUGGUGCACACAGCACCUGACACAUGUAAGAAAAUAAGCCGAUGUUUUAAAGAAGGACCACAAAAAGACGCUAGUCCAUUGUCUUAACCACUGCGUAGGGUGAGUGAGUUGCAUGGACUGCACGCUACCAUGGAACUGAAAUUUCACACCCAGUAGAGGGGGUACGUGACCGUGCUUCACUGGUCAUUGUCUCAGCAUAACCCAAGUCUGUCAAAGGUCUGUUGUAGGACACUGCCGAGAGAGCCGCACACGGGGCCACCAGAGGCUUUCCAGAAGACAGAUGAAGUAUUUUGUGCUAAACGCAUAUCCAUGUCUUUGAAAUAAUGUUAUUUUCUCUCUCCUCCCACGCCAGACCUAUCGACAAUUAAACUUCUCUCUGUUAUUUGUGUGUGUGUGAUUUUUGUAGUGGAGAAGGCAAGUGCAGAGCCCGUUCCUUGAUGGCUGAAUGUGGUCUUCUGCCCGCCAACAGUGGGAUUGUAGAAAGUUACAAAAGGCCAGCGAGCAUUUCAAGCCCCCCACCCCCUUUUUCUCUCUCUCUUUUUUCAAUUUUCAUCUCUCUGUCUCUCUCUGCCUAUUCUCUUCCUUCAUUCUUCUUCAGAUGCAUUUAAUAUUUAAGACGGACGAAUAAUUAUUACACUUGAGUUAAACAUUGGCAAAACAACUAUGAUAAAUUCAAUUGAAUACUGCUACAUCCAAUCUUAAGUCUGUGAUUCCAAAACUCAAUUACCUUGAUCAGGUAUCUUGGCUCUUGAUUAUUCACCAUUUGGAGUUAAUUUUCCAAAGAAACUCAUCCUAAUUAAGCUAAUUAAUUGUUAGUGUAUACAUCUCUGCAGUUAAAAAUGCAAUACUCAUCAUUUAAUCAAUAUUAAAUUGCUGCAGUAUGGCUAAAAUUAAUUCGUCAAACUUCAUGUCAGUAAAACUGGUCUGUAGAUGUAUAAAUCUGAACUGCAUAUUCUCGCUUAGUGAUUGAUACAGUAAGGCGUGAUUUGCACACUUGUUUGAUUGAUGUGAUAUCACCAAGGUAACUGAUGUGAAUGAGUCACGCUCAAGUCAAGUCAAGUGUACGUUAUUGUCAGAAAUCUAUGUAACAGGGUUAGAACAAGUUUGAAAUUGCAAAAAUGCUCCACAUGUAAUGCGUGACUGGUGCAGUGCCCUCUCUUUAACGGUGGUCUUUCUGUUUUUGUUGUUGUGUUUUACAGUUCUUUUUCCUGGCUCUGCCAGCCCUGUUUACCAGACCUCUGCUGAAAAUGCCACCCAACAGUUUUGUCUCCUGCAGCACAGUCUUCUUUCCCAUGUUUUCUGUUUUUAUGUGUUUCUAUGUGUCUUGUCUGUAUGGACUCGGGUUUUAUGUUCCGCUCAAAUUGCACACACACAUAAUGUAUUACCAUGCAUCGCUCGCUGCAUAUACACUUUUUGCGUUCUUGAACUAGUUUUUUUUCUUUUCCUCUUCCACCCCAUUCCCAGCAACAGAGACUAAUUUAGCUCAGUUUUAAUGUUGAUGGGCUUUUGUUGGUUGUGAAACCUUUUGAGCUUUCAGUUUUCUGAGCUCUGUCCCGAUAAACCCCUGAUCCGGCACCACAGGUAGAAAGAAUUUGAAAAUAUGUUUGUUUGGGCCGUUUCUUAGAACAAUCCUGUACUCCCAGGUAAGGAUGGUUUCCAGCAAAAGCCCGAAACUAGACCUUAUAAACCCUGAUUCUUACUUUACAUAAUGCUUAACAAAUCAUUGUUGUGCGGGUAAGUCAUACCAUGAAGACAAAUGUACCAUUUAAAUGUGUAUCUCUUCAAAAAGUCUCUUUAAACUCUUUUUGUUUUUGUGUAUCUCGAUUUUCUUCUGUGUGCUUUUUUAGCGAAGCAGCCAACGUGAGUCGAUUGUUCAUAAAACACCUAUAUGACAGUUGAGAGCACAUCCCCAGUGGAGAACCGACUGUGCUCGCUAACGUUUGGUUCAUGACUUAAAAAACGAGUUCAGGGGUUAUUCCUGAAGAGACAAAAGCUUUGUCUCUGUUGGCGCCAGCUAAUGCAGUCGCAGGGAUUCUUCCUGGUGCAGGACUGCUGCCCACCCCCAACCCACUGGCGUCGAUGGCAAAUAAUCCUUUGGGUGGCCUGGGAGCACCCCAAAUGGACCCAUCCCUUGGAGCCUUUGGUCUGCCAGGACCGAACAUGAACAUGAACAUGAAUAUGAAUAUGAACAUGAACAUGAACCCUCCGUCUCUCACUGCUGAACAGCUUCUGAAGCUCAUGAGUGGCGUCGAUCCAAAAAUGAAUCCAAUGGCAGCAGCGGGUAUGGUCAUGAAUCCGGCAGCAAUGAAGGCAGAUGCAGCAAGCAAAGAGAUAGAAGAAGCCAUGAAACGGGUCCGGGAGGCACAGUCUCUCAUCUCGGCAGCCAUUGAACCCAGUAGCAAGAAGGAGAGCAAGCGCAGCAAGCACUCUCGCUCACGGUCUAGGUCCCGCUCCAGACGGAGGAAGUCGCGCUCCCGAUCCAGACACAGGCGGUCGAGAAGCAGGUCCAGGCGGCGCUCUCACUCCAGGAGUCGUCGGCGCUCCAAGAGCCCCCGCAGGAGGAGGUCCCCCUCCCGGGAGAGGGGCAGGCGCUCACAGAGCAGGUCCAGGGAGAGGAGGAAGGAUGACCGAGACAGGAAACGUUCCAGAACACCCCCCAAGAGCUACAGCACUGCAAGAAGGUCUCGCAGCACCAGCCGGAGGAGAAGGAGAAGCCGCACUGCCAGCCGAAGUCCCAAGAGGAUCGUGUCCCGAUCUCCCUCACCUAGAAGACACAAGAAGGACAAGAAGAAGGAGCGCGAGCGAGAGAAGGACCGUGAGCGUGAAAGACGCUCUGAGAAGGACCGUGGUGGUCGGGACAACAGGGAAGAAUCCAACAGCAAGAAGAAGCGUUCCAAAGACAAGGACAAGGACAAGGACAGGGAACGUGACCGAGAGAGGAAGGACAGUGAGAAGGGAGAUGUGAAGGUAACCCGGGACUACGAUGAGGAGGAGCAAGGCUACGACAGUGAGAAGGAGCGAGAGGACAAGAAGACUGUUGAGUCUGACGACUCGGGCAGCUCUCCCGUCCACGCCAAGGGCAACGGUGUGUCCCGCGAGGCCAACCACAACGGAGACGAGCACCAUGGAGAUGAGGACGACAUGGAAGUCAGCGACUGAUGGAUCUACCCGACCCGACCCGACAUUACCGUAUUCUCCACACUGACUCCCGUCAUUGUAAAAUCACUGUCCCGACAGUCUACAUUGAUUACUACACCAUACAACACCCCUAAUUCGAUCAAGAUGAGGUCAUACUCAGAAGGACUCGUUUACUUUACGCCUUUUAUUUGUUCCUUUCAAGUCCUUGAGCUUGAAGUCCUCUAGCUUGUAGAUGUCUCCCUCCGUAAGCUUGGGCAGACAGGAAGCCAGUCAUUUCUGUAAUGGUUUGGUGGACUAGUCUGUUGACUGGAUAUAUUGUCAACUUUUUAACAGUUUUUACCGUAUUCUUACUAUUUGUUGUUUGUUUGUUUUUUAAUAUGAAGAGCUGAAAUGCUGUAAUUUAGUUAUUCUGGGACCGACACAAUGAUAACAGAGCUUUGAAUGGUUUGUCAUGUAAGCUUGAACAUGUUGUAUUGUUCACAACCUCCACGAAGGGGCAUUUGUUAUCAGAGGUCUUUUUCCCCCGCAUAUUUCCAUUUUCUGUCCGUUCUAAUUGCAGUAUCGCUGGUGAUCUAGUGUUAGUAUGUUCAACAUGUACUGUCACUCUUGUCAUUUAAAUGGCAACACAAGUCUUGAUUUCCUCCCUCCGAGAACUGAUGGCUUAUGUACAAUACGGUAUAUAUCCUCCCGAUGCUUGAGAUCCCAGUUAGCCCCUGUUAAGUGAAAAUUAAAUUGUGAUGUGUUUUGUUGUUGACUUUUUGAUACUAUAAAUAAAGCAACAUGGCUAAAAAACUAA